GCCAGUCGCGGCUACAAUGAAUUUUCUGUACUGGUUGUGUUUCGGGUUGUAUGUGUCGGUAUUGUUGCCGGUGAUUCUCGGCCGCACCAUGCCGGCGGCCGAGGACGCCGACGACUGGGAGACCGGAAGCCCGGACGUCUCAUCCGGCAGAAGAAGUCAACAAAAGCCUAGCGCUAGGAAAGCGCGACCGACGUUUGAUGACGAGGAGCGAAAUGUGAUGCAGUCCAAUGACGAAGACGACGAGUCAGCUGGUUAUGACGAUGCUUAUCAAAGACCGGCGAAAAAGCCCGCGAAAAAGCCAUACAAACCGGCACCUCAAAAAUACGAAGACGAUGAAUACGAAGAACCAAAGCCGAAAUACAAGCAACCUGCAGCUCCGCAAUAUGCCAAAAAGAAAACCCCGGCGCCGUACCAAGAAGAUAACUACGACGAUGAUGAAGCAGAUGCUUACAAGCCCCCGGCGAAGAAACCAGCGUAUAAGCAGCCCGAAGAGGAUACGUAUCAGCCCAAGAAAUCCUACCCGAAAUCCGCUGCAUACGGGCGGAAUGCUGCUGCACAGCCAAAGAACACUGGGUACAAGAAACCAACGGUAGCCGCUUACAAGAAAGCGGGAUCGGAAAAACCUCCUUCGCUGAUUAUCGAAGUCAUCGCCUAUGAUCCUAACCGAAAAACGUAUUGAUUUUUCGAACACAUUAGUAACGAAUACUCGCGCCGUUGUGUACUAAAUGUUUGUAUCACAUGUAUACAAAUCGUGCCGAAAAUUUUUUAUUGUAGUGCUUGUUAUUAUGAAUCACAACGAAUUGUCAAUUUAAUGAACGGCUUGUAUAGUAAAAUUACCGUUUUGGUGAAUUUACCAAUAUGAAUACAUGUCGUGUACGCAUCGUUUAGAACCGUAAUCACAUUAAAGAUCUUAUUAGCACAACUGUAGUGUAUAAUGAUGGCAUUGCAGAUUCUCAGUCGGCUUCAAUAA